AUGAACGACCCCGAGGUCGCCAUCCUGCGCAACGACGCCGCCCUCCACUCGCUCAAGCGCCCUCAGCUCCUCGCCCUCGUCCGUAGGUUCGGUCUCAAGGGCUCGGGCAAGAACACCGACCUCGUCAGCCGCCUGCAGCAGCACGGCGCCCUGAUCGUUGAGCGAGGGUGGGACCGCAGCAGCGCAGAGCCGGGCGAUGCCAGCACGGCCUCGUGGGCUAUCGUUGACGGUGCAGCUAUGCCUGCUGCUCAAGGUCUGGAGGAGCUCGGCGUGCGAGGGACCGGUUCGGCGCCAAGCACCCUCACGAGCUCGAGUUCGGCGACAUCGCUGGCGAGCACGAUCCGCGAGAAGGGCGCGACGCUCCUUCGCGCCCUCGUCGACCCGGGCAGAAGGGACGACGAGCCGAACUCGGCACCCGACUCGCCUGGCGAGCCCGACCCGCCCCGUGACGAGUUCGUCGCGCUCAACGAUGUCGCCACGAGCGAGGACGACGACCACGAGAACUCGGCCGCAGAAGACGACGACGACGGCGGGAUCCGCCUCGUCUCGUCCCGCUCGACCGUCGCCGACACGACCAUGACGUCCCUCGACUCGCCGCCGCCUCCUGUGCCCCACACGACCUCGGCCUUCGUCUUUGGCUCGCCCUCGACGGCGGCCGCACCGCCGGCGUCGACCUUUACCUUCUCGUCGACCAUGCCCGGUACCCUCUUCGCCUCGACCAGCUCCACCUCGUCCGCCCACGCCGACCAACCUGUCGCCGUCGACGCCGCACCACCGCCUUCGACAAUGGACAGCAUCCUCGCCGAGAUGAACCGCCGUGCCGCCGAGUCGCGCGCGGCUGCGCCCCUGCCCCGCAGCGGCUCGACCCUGUUCGGCUCCGCCUCCUCGACGCGGCCCGUCUCGCCGAGCAAGGGCAGCCGAGCGGCGUUCGACCUCGACCACAAGCGCCGCUUCGACAGGAUGGACUCGAUCACGACGCACUGGGCGGCUAAGCGCGCGCUGCCGGCGUCGUCGUCGUCGAACGGCAACCUCGCGGGCCUGGCGCGCUCGGGCUCGUCGCGCUCGAUCGGCGCCGCCGCAGUCGCAGCCGCAGGUGACGCUCCCGAGCGUGCCCCGAAGCGCCUCAAGCCGUCGACGUCGAGGCCGUUCGGCCUGAGCCGCCUCGCGUCGAGCACCGCGACCGCAUCCUCGACGUCAAGCUCGUCCGGCGCCGUCACGGACCAGAAGCUCGUCGCCGCGCUCCGCGACGACGGCUGGUCGGCCGCCCCGGCGCUCAAGGGCGCCGUCUCGCUCUCGGCGUCGCUCCGCACGGCGGCGCAGCCGGCGCGUGGCGGCGGCGGGCUCAAGGACGUGCGCGAGGACGUCUUGCCGCGCAAGGAGCAGGAGCGCGCGCAGAAGAAGCGGCAGAUGGAGCUGGCCAAGGCGAGGAGGAAGAGCCAGGUAGCGAGCGGCGUGGGCUUGAGCAGGAGGAGGCCGAGUUUGGGCGUCGGGCCCAAGUCGUCCGGCUCGACGGCCUCGCGCCUAUUUAAGAACGCCGUGCGCAAGUUCACGACCUCGUCGUCCUCGUCGUCGACCUCGACUCGCCCGCCGGUUCCUCCUCUCCCGACCUCUUCGUCCCUCCGCACACUCGCCCCGUCGACCUCGACGCGCACGCUCGCCACCCCUUCGACGAGCACCCUCCCUCGCUUCGCCACCUCGACCGCCGCGUCCGCCUCGCGCACGGCCCUCGUCCCCGCCUCGCCGCCCAAGAAGGCCGAGUCGCAGCCGCAGCACCUCGGCCGCAAGAAGUUUGACCUGCAGGCGUCGCUCCAGCGUCCGAUGAGCUGGCGCCCGCACCUCGGCUCGGCCGCUGCGUCGCCUGCGGCCGGCGCGCCUGCGUCGUCGCCCGCCGUUGUGCGCCGGUCGGCGGCGUUCGUGGCGCCCGCCUCGGCGUCGAGGCGCCCUGUCAGCUCGCUGCAGCGUACGACGUCGAGCCGCGUCGCGAAUCUGGCGCUGUUGAGCCCCGUCAAGGCCGCUCCCGCCGCUGUCGGGCGCUCGGCGGCGUCGGUCGAGGACAAGCUCGCCGCCCUCCCACCUGCGCCGAGCACGCCCUUUUCGGCGCCUCUGAAGGCGGUCACGAACGUCGUCGACGCUGGCGCGGUCGCAGCAGGUCCGGCGCCGGCCCCGACGAGCGCGUGGCUGCCUCCCGCCGUCACCAAGAAGCCCGUCCUCCCCGCCGCCUCUUCCUCUUCUUCGACCGCCACCGUCAGCAGGGCCGCAUCCGUCUCCUCCUCGGCGACCGCCCGGUCGACGCCGGCGCCGGUGCCGAAGAAGAAGCUCGUCUCGUCGUCAACGCGCACGGCCCGUGCGCUCGAGAAGGCGCGCGGCAAGGCGCAGGUCGAGGGGCUCGAGUCGAGGGCGAGGAAGGUGCGCGCGACGGCUGCGGCGAGUACGAGUGCCAAGGCCAAGGGCAAGGCGAGGGCCGAGUGA